GAUUAAGCAAUCCACGGGAACCAGAUUAAUGUACGCAUUGUAUUUCCUGUUGGUCACUUUCAUCUGUGCUGCCAUGAUGUCCCCCACUGUGGAAGAGGAGCUGAGGAAAAAGGGUCUUUGGCUCUAAGAGAAAUGAUUCGUCACCUGACUGGAUGACUGGAUGUGUGAGGAACGCUUGAGCUUUCAGUCACAUCCAGGGGGAGUUUUGUUUUCUGUUUUUAAACCCCAUUAUCUGUGUUGUCCCUUCAGAUUAAAUACAUAUAUAUUCAUAGUAAAUAUCAUGGCAAAGGGAAUUCUGAUAUUUGCCUCUUUUCUUUUACAUUUCCUCUGCCUUUCUGACAAAAGGGGAUUCAACUAAUUCAUCUGUGCACUUUGUUUUCAUGUCAGUUAGUUCAAAGAGCCCUCCAACAGGCUGCAGAGGAUGAAGGAUGAAAGCGGGCUUCGUGCAGAAAGAGAUCGUUUAAUUGCAGCUUGUUCUCUCUUUCUGCCGACUUGAAGGCUUAAUAGUGAACAGCGACCAUUGAGUCCUCUCACCGAGGCCACGCAGCUCUCAAGAACAAACCCACCUCUGUUUCUGCACCGGAGCAAAGAUACCGUUCUUCAGCGAGCUUUGUGUGAAGAUGAAAGCGGGGGAGAACUGCAGCACUCUUGUUGGAUUCUCAGCUGUUUACAAGAUGUGCUUUGGAAUGGCUUGCUUCUUCCUUUUUUUCUGUAUCCUCACCAUACGAGUCAGAAACAGCACAGGCUGGAGGUCAGCCAUUCAUAACGGAUUUUGGUUAUUGAAGUUUGCUUUGUUGGUGGGUUGCUGCGCUGCGGCAUUCUUCCUGCCAGACGAGGACAACUUUUUGAAAGUGUGGCGCUGUAUUGGGGCUACAGGUGGGGUCUUCUUCCUGUUUAUCCAGCUCUUGAUGUUGGUGGAGUUUGCUCACAGGUGGAACACAAAUUGGAGUUCAGGGGUUGAGUACAAUCGUCUUUGGUACGCAGCUUUGGCGUUUGUGACUCUGGUUCUCUUCACCAUUGCCGUGGGAGCAUUGGCCUUCAUGGGGAUGUACUACACUCACCCGGAGGCCUGUUUGUAUAACAAGAUCUUCCUCGGAAUCAACGGCAGCCUCUGCCUUGUUGUGUCCAUGUUGGCCAUCUCUCCCUUCAUACAGAAAUUGCAGCCCAAGUCUGGCCUUCUUCAACCAGCGGUCAUCAGUGUUUACGUUAUGUACCUCACCUUCUCAGCUUUCUCCAGCAAACCCAAAGAAGUGGUGGAAAUUGACGGCGGAAACACAACCGUAUGCGUGUUCCCCUUCAACACUGGGUCAGAGAGUGACAAGAAAAUCGUCACUGUUGUGGGAGGCUUCUUCCUAGUUGGCUGCAUCAUAUACUCUUGUCUGACCUCCACUACCAGGAGAAGCUCUGCAGCGCUCAGAGUGUAUCGGAACUCCGAGCCGGAGGCAGAGAGAGCUCGCUGUUUCUUCUGCUGUGGAGAUGACACAGAGGACUACGAUGAGGAGAAAACUGGUUCAGGCCAGGAUGUGAUCUACGAUGAGAAGGAGACAACCAUCUAUAAUUAUUCCUACUUCCACUUUGUCUUCUUCCUGGGCUCUCUUUAUGUCAUGAUGGCUGUCACCAACUGGUUUCACUACGAUGGUCACAGGAUCGAGAAGCUGUUGGAUGGGAGCUGGUCGGUCUUCUGGCUCAAAAUGGCCUCCUGUUGGGUCUGCCUCUUCCUGUAUUUGAUGACUCUAAUUGCUCCUCUGAUGUGCCCAAAGCGGUUUGAAGCCUAGAUCGUACGUCACCGCUCAAAUGUGAAGCAGCUCUGAUCUGUAGGAUGUUAUCAAGCUCAGCUCUCUUGCUGGGACAAGGGACCAAUCCCCAGCUUUCACUAUGGAGGAUUAUCUGUUGCCUUUUUAUUAAAUAUAGAAGUGUCUUUGUUUUACAAUGUUGAGCUGUUACUACCUUUGUGGUCAUUUUUUCAGUCUUUUUCUAUAACUGACUGAAGGUUUAUAUGAAAAAUGUAAUGUUGAGAUUCGUCGCUUUAGAAAAACUUUCAAUCUAAGUAGAUUCCCGGAAUAUGUCACACUGAAAAAUGAGCUCAUUGUCAUCUGUCCGUUUUUGCUUUCCAAGCUCUGUCAGAUAUUUCAGUUCUGUGAAAUUGUAGUAGCAAAGUUUUGAAGCAAAUUUAUUUCCAGAACAAGUUAUUUAUUUAAGUUGGAGUUUACAAGAUAAAAAUACAUUUAAUUUGAUUUGGCCGUAAUUAUUGAUUUCUCAGGCUAACAUUGAAGCUGUAAAUGUUUGUGUUUUGUUCUAUUGUUCCUUUUGUAGAAUAUUUCUAUGCAACAGAUCAAACUCUUCUCCAUCUGGGACACUUGGUGUUGUUGCGUUUUCAUAGACAAUUUUUGAUCAUGUCAGUGUUCUUUUAAAGCUGGUAUUUCAAAGAAAAACCCAUAAUUUAUGCAUUUCCAGUCAUCAUUGUGCAGGGAAAGCCUUUCAUUUCGCGUGCUUUAUGGUGAAAAAAUAAUGUGGCGUUUCACUUUUCUAAAGGGAGCUGCAGUGUGGAUCAUUUGCCAAAGGUAAACAAUUCUCAUGUUUUGGUCUGUUACAAUAAAAAAAAAUAAUGUUGUCAUGCAGAUGUACUGUGAUAAAGGCUGUGGAACUUCUUUUUUUACAUACGUCUACAUUUAAUGAAUAAGAUAAGGUAGCAAGACUUUAGAAUCAAGUUAUACAACACUGGAUGUUGAGUUUAAUGGCUAAUUAAGACCCCCACCAUGUAAUCUCUGUGUGGGGGUGUUUAGAAAUGUGAUAACCUGCAAAAACCAGAUCAAAUUGUUUCAGUCAGUAAGUUUUUUGUACUUUUUUCCAAAUUUUAUGCUUAAAAAUACCUUUGUAUGUACAUUUUGGCUACUGUGCAUCAAUCUGUGGACUUUGUAACUAGAAUUUUUGCAUGGCAUAACUGCAAAUCUGCCUUUUUUCGGAAAACAUCUUGCAUUUUAGUUGUAUUAAAAAGAGUAAAAAUGUGGUGCUCAAAGUUUUGAUGCUGCAGAAAAAUGUAAAGAAAUGGGUGAAAUCGGAGAAAGCUAGAAACUACGAUGACACAGAGAAACGCAUCGUAAUUUUAUUUAAAUAAAAAAAACAAUGUGUCAUUCCUUUAAUGUUUUUUUCUCAUCCUUUCAAUAAAGCAUAUGUGGAAUGCCAA